AUGUCGCCUGACUCGGUGCAAGUAAAAGCAGAAGCGCAAGACUAUGCGCAUCAGUCAACAUUCCUUUAUGAUAUGGCGCAUGGCCUUCCUCUUACACCAUCUGUCUCCGCGCAUGGCUGGCAAGAUCACUCCAUAGCGGGCACAACGGCCUGCUACAGUACGGCAUUGAGCGCUCCGGACUAUGGUGGGCUUUCGUUUUACCAACAGCAACAGUACACGGACCCUACGAUGGUCAGCACGGCUUCCGUGCAAUACCCGCUUUUCACGAGUAGUCCUCAGGUCCAAGGGCUCUACUAUCAUGCUGGCUAUAGUUUCAACCAGACUAGCCACCCAGAAUUUGCGCAGAUAACACGUGGCCAUCACCCGCAUUCUCCAACGAAGAUACAGGAGGGAAUGAAAGAGCGAAUCUUGAAUCCGUCGAGCGAUCACCCUCUCAAGAAGCCGAGUCCGUAUCUAGUUCCGAGUCGAGCCAAGGCGGGUCAUAUUAUGGAUCGGUUUCUCCUAGGGUUCAUGUCGCAGAGAUGGGAUCAAGUCGCAGGAAGAAAUCAGGUACUCGAAAGGAGGGCCAGACUGAACUUGAUCCCGAUUUAUGUUGCCCAGUAUGUGAUAAGGUUUUUACGCGACGGUCGAAUUGCAAGGAGCAUUUAAAACGUCACAAUCCAGUAAAUAGACAGGUGCAUCCUUGUAAUAGCUGUGGGAAGACUUUUGGACGGAAAACAGAUUUGAAGCGACAUUACUCAACAAGGAUACAUGACGGAGAAAAAAGGUUCACAUGUGAGCUGUGUGGCCGUCAUUAUAGUAGACUCGAUACUAUGCACAGACAUCAAAAGGAUGGAUGUCCAGACCGAAAACAUAAAGAUAAGGCUGGACAAUAUGGAACUUCAGUUCUUACGUAUACGAAUCUUCCUUCCUGACAGCAAUACGACUAUAUGCAAUACGACUAUCCCACACUCAACUA